AUGGCGCGCGAGGGCGACGGCGGCGGCGUCGCGCCCGCCGCGCUGCCGCCUCUGUGCCGCCCGCUCGCGACGCGCGGCGACAAAACGACGUGGUCGCCGUCGAGCGCGAAGUGCGUCCUGAACGUCGCCCUCGACGCGCGCUUCGUCGAGGCGAGGCGUUCAGACGUUGAUGUCGCGUCGUCUCGCCGGACGCCGUCGUCGUCCUCCUCCUCGGUCGUCGUCGCCCCCGCGGGGUGCCGCGUCUCGACGUCGCACGUCGUCGCGCUCGACGGCGUCAUCGACGACGCCAUGCGCGACGCGUUCCUGCGGCGGAUCACGUCCGACGCGGACGCGGACGGCGACGGCGAGGGCGGCCCCGCGGGUCCGCGUUGGGAGCGACGCACCGCGGAUCGGAACGGCGCCUCGCCGACUUGGGGUCUGACGCGCGACGCGCUGCGCGAUAUCGAGCUCGAGCACUCGAGAAACGACGACGCGUUCGUGGAGUUCCACUCGAGGCUGCAGGCGAUGUACCCGGAGUGGAUCGUGGCGCACAUGCCCGCGGACGCGCUCGAGCGCGCGCCGACGGCGGAGGAGGACGACGGCGUCGACGACGACGACGACGACGACGGGGGCGCGCGCGAGCGCCGCUACCGCUGCGACGCGUUCGUCGCGAACGCGGCCACGCGCGGGGACGACUUCGCGUGGCAUCUCGACGCGGACCCGUCGUCGUUCGACCCGGAGAGCGCGUGGGUCGAGGCGUACGGCGACUACGUCAACGGCGAGCCCGGCAAGCCCCUCUUCGUCUCCGCGUUGGUGUACCUCAACGCCGAGUGGAAGCCUGAGGUGCGUUCUAUACACUGGUUCCCAUACGACCGCGUUGGCGUGGUGAACGCCGUUCCUUAA